GGGGCGUGAGUGUCACAUGUCACCAUAAACAAGCGGCAGUUUGACACCUCCGCUUCUCCAGGUCAGCAGCUAUCUCUGGACCGGCAGGAGACGGACGGCAAUGGCGAACAGCGACGGCCAGGCAACUUUUGAGUCGUGGCUCAACAAGGCCACGGACCCGAAUAACCAAGUGGACCAGUGGGACUCCAUUCAGGGCUUCUACCAGCUUGUAAACCAAGACACCAAUGGGCCGCAGGUUGCCACUCGUCUUCUGGCCCAUAAGAUCCAGUCCCCCCAGGAGAAAGAGGCACUACAGGCUCUCACUGUUCUUGAAGCUUGCAUGAACAACUGUGGAAAGAGGUUCCACACUGAGGCUGCAAAGUUUCGUUUUCUCAAUGAGCUUAUUAAAGUCUUAACACCAAAGUACUUCGGUGCCUGGACGCCACAGAAAGUUAAAGACAGAGUUACAGAGGUUCUGUAUGGUUGGACACUGUGGCUGAAAGAGGAACCAAAGAUCCAGGAAGCUUACAGCAUGUUGAAAAAACAAGGCAUUGUGAAGGAAGAUCCCAAACUAUCAGACACAGUUAUUAUGGCUCCUCCAGCACAAAGAACCACAGAGUCUGUUUUUGAUCAAGAAGAGAAGGCCAAGCUUUUAGCAAGAUUGUUGAAGAGUGGCCGACCUGAAGACUUGGAAUCUGCCAACAGGCUCAUUAAAAGCACCAUCAAAGAGGAGCAGGAAAAAGCUGAAAAAGCGUCAAAACGGGAGUCAACAUUGAAGGAGGUGGAGGCCAGCACCAAACAGCUCAGAGAGCUUCUGAAUCAGCCCAAAGCCACCGGAACAUCAUUACAGCCCAGCGAUGAUGUGAAGUCCCUGUACGAGCGUUGUGACCGGCUUAGGCCGAGUCUGUUCCGGCUGGCCAGUGAAACCAUGGACGAUGAUGCGGCUCUGGCGAAGAUCCUGGCGGCAAACGACGAGCUAACGCUUGUUGUGAAUGACUGCAAGAACCUGAUGGGGAAAGGAGAGUGUGACAGAGGAAGAGCAAGAAGUAGAAGUGAAGAAGUAACAAGUAAAAGCAACGCUCCGACAAGCCCGCGGGAGAUUAAGAGCUACCACCUCAUCGAUCUGUCGGCACUGGACUCUCCAAAGACUCGCAGAAAAGCCGAUUCACCUACAUUUGAAUCGUCUUCUCCCCCCUUUUCUUCUCAUUUGGAUCACAACUUUUUCUCAGAAGCUGAGCAGGACUUGAAUGAACUAGAGUUUGAUAAUAUGGUCUCAAAACAGACCCAAGGGCAACCAAAGUCUUAUUAUGAGGAACUGAUGCAGCUUAACAAAGAUGUUCAAAUGGCAGAUACUGAGCAGAACAACGGAGGCAGAGGAGUUUUGCUGAGAGCCCGUGGGUGUGGGGGAAGCAGUGCUGUAUCAAAUGGAGGAAAUAAUUGGUCAGCCUCUCACAUUCAGCCGUCGACAGAGUCAGCACCACCGUCCAGCUCAGAGAAUCAAGUGUCUGAAUCUCUGAUAGAAAUGGAGGGGAGGUCUCUUUCCCUUCAGUCACUGAGGAACAUCUUCGUUCCACUGGAGACCGUCAAAGCCAGUCAUUUGGAACCUAUCACAUUAUACAACAGAGCAGGAAUUCUGGUGUCACUGCAUUUUGCCCGGGACUGUCCAGCCGAUCACCCAGAUGUUGUCGUGGUUGUCAUGUCCGCUGUGAACACAUCCGCCCUGGAUGUGAAGGACUUCAUGUUUCAAGUUGCUGUUCCAAAGACCAUGUCAGUGAAGCUUCAGCCUGCCUCUGGGACUCACCUCCCCCCUUACAACCCCCUCCUGCCUCCACCCGCUGUCUCGCAGGUCCUCCUGUUAGCUAACCCUCAAAGUCGUAAGGUUCGGCUGCGCUACAAGCUAACUCUGACACACGGACACCAACAGAUGAACGAGACUGGAGACAUUGACAGCUUUCCUGACUGGACAUCCUUGACCAGCCACUGAAAAGUCCACAAACUGAGGAGAGUUACUGAAACAGGGGGAAGAUCAGAGAAGUCUUUUUUCGGCUGGAGCUGAUCUUCUUUUCUCCUUUAAGUCAGAGGUUUCGAGGUCUGUUUUGCAAAUAAAAUGCAUGACAAUUUCAUUCCAAGCAAAACGUUAUGCAAAAAUUAUUUGGAGCCUUCAUUUUAGCAUUUCUCAAUGGUGUUUUGGAUUAAAAAUACUGAAACACAAACAACAGGGUUAUGAAAUAAAUUUAGCUCUGUAUGUUUUUGUGGUUGUGAGUGCCAUAAAAACUCAAGUUCUAAGUUUUAAAGACAGUCAUUAGUAUUGAUUACUGUAAUUUAUUACUCUGAUAUAUAUAUACAGUAUGGCACCAUUUUCUUUAUGCACAUGUUACUGAUUUUAAGUACAUGUUACUGAUUGGGCUACAAACAUAGAAAAAAAUGGAUCAACAUUUUAAGGUGUAUCAAAGAAGGCUCCACAGUUUUUGCUUUUGUUGCAUUUUGUCUCUAACUAACCAAAAUGCCGAAAGAGACUGCAGCCAUUGUUAAUUAUCCAACCUGAGGUUAGCAGCACAGGUGAAGUAUGAGUUCACAUAGCACAGGAUUCAACUAAGACGUUUUCUAUAACUUGUUUUUUUUAUGUCAUGUGGUUCAGCCCAUUAUGCUAGCAGCUCAGGGUUCUUUAGUUCAUCCCUGACCCAGGUCUUGGAUGUUCUGCAACACCUUAUUGCACUGUUUCUGCAAUCGCUCGCUCCCGUUGUCGUUAGCCCACCGUUCGCACAGGAAUCCUAUACAUCAGUGGAGACCCAUAUGUUACACGUGUCUGGCAGGGUAAUGUGUUUAUAUUUAUUUGCUUUUGUUUAUAUUCAACAUCCAAAACUCCUAAAGUGCCUUGAAGCCAAAGAUAUUUAAUGUGUAUUUAUUUUACAAAUGAUGUCUCCUGUAAAGAAGAAAAGCUUUUUUUUUCUUCAUAGGUUUAUUGAAAACUGUGAUGCAACAUCAUUCUGUUAUAUUUAAGAUUGCUGUUUGCUGUUUUUAGGGUGAAGUUUUAAUUGAAAUGAUUCAGGUAAAAAACCACUGGCCAUAUCUUAACACAGGAAAAGUAAAUGUUUGAAAACAGAUAACAUCUUCUAUAGAAAUGCAUGUGGCUGCAAGACACAAUUUCAGGAAAUAGUUACAGAACUGCCGCAAUUUCUUCACAAUUUGACAUGAUUUGUUCCCAUUCAUGUGUUUCUUUUUCUCUGCUGAUAGCUUUCCACCGCAGCGUGUGUCUUUGUGCUGUUUUCGUCGAUACUCUUUUCCUAUUUGGUUUUGUUGUCAUUUGCAUGACUUCUAACUGGGCAUCAAGCCUUAAUGGAUAAAUCUGAAGCUGUUUUCUGACUCAUAAGUUUUAUGCUGUAUUCGAAAGCUUAAAGUUCUUAAUAAAACCACAAAAUAAAAAUAAAAAACACUUC